GAACCCGAGGCUUCUGCUUCCAAGGUUUUGGCUGGGCCUGGAUUGUGGUCAGGUGGGCCCUGGCUUUGGCUUGAGGUCCUGUCUCCAGGGAGGAGAUGGCCGGAGAAAACAACGCCGAGGCAGAGCUCAGAUCCCAGCCUCCUCCUGGGAGCACAGACCACGAUGAGCCAUCCAUGUGUUCCCUGUCUCUGGAGACGAUAUUACGCAGACUGAGGGCCUUAGACGUCAAGCAGGAUGACAAGCUCGCCAACAUUCUGGAUGUGGUGGGGGAGUUUGGCACCUUCCAGCGGAGGCUGGUGGCCCUCACCUUCAUCCCCAGCAUCCUGUCGGCCUUCUUCAUACUUGCCGACUACUUUGUGUUUGCAGACCAGGAUCCUUACUGCAACACCAGCUGGAUCCUGGCCGUGGGCCCCAACCUGUCCGAAGCUGAGCAGAUGAAUCUGACCCUGCCCCGAGCGCCCAACGGCAGCUUCCUGACGUGCCUCAUGUAUUUGCCUGUGCCCUGGGACCUGGAGUCGAUCAUCAAAUUUGGCCUCAACAACACGGACACAUGUCAGAAUGGGUGGAUCUAUCCUAACUCCAAGAAGAGGUCCCUGAUCAAUGAGUUUGACCUGGUGUGUGGCCUGGAGCCGAAGAAGGACAUCGUGCAGACCAUGUUCCUGGCAGGCCUUCUCAUCGGGUCGCUCAUCUUCGGGUUCAUAAGCGACAAAGUGGGUCGCUACCCUACCAUCAUGCUGUCGUUGCUGGGACUGGCCAUCUUCGGCUUAGGAACAGCCUUCGCGAGCAACUUUCAGCAGUACAUAUUUUUCCGCUUCUGCGUCUCCCAGGCCGGGGUGGGCAGCCCUGAGGACCCAGAGUGACUGUGGCUUUGUCCUCUCUGCCUCUGCACAGUCACCGAGUGGCUCCUGGGCAGUCACCGGGCCCACGCCAUCAUCCUGGAACACUGCUUUUACUCUGUGGGUGCCGUGGUCCUGACGGGGCUUUCCUACAUCCUUCCCCACUGGCGGCUGCUGUUUCUGGUGGGCGGGGUGUCUACGUUCCCCCUCGUCUUCUACAUCUGGGUCCUCCCGGAGUCACCACGGUGGUUGAUGAUGAAAGGGAAGGUGAAGGAGGCCAAGGAGGUGCUGUCCUAUGCGGCCGGUGUGAACAAGAAGACCAUCCCUUUAAACCUGCUGGAAGAGCUGCAGCUUCCUGCAAAGAAGGUGACUAAGGCCUCUAUCCUGGACUUCUGUAACAGUAGGCAGCGCUCCAAGGUGACCUUGCCGAUGGGCUGUGUGUGGUUUACCAUCGCUUUCAGCUAUUACACGCUAAACCUCAAGCUGAGAGAUUUCGGCGUGAGCAUCCACUUUAGACAGGUGAUCCCCCGCAUCAUGGAGGUGUCCGCCCGGCUGUGCAGCAUCUUCCUCCUGGAGCAGCUCGGGCGGAAGUGGAGCCUCGCCUUCCUGCUCCUCCAGGCUGCCAUCUUGUGUUUGCUUCUCCUCUUCCUCCCGCAAGAGCCGAAGCCCAUGAUGGUCUUGGUGAUUGUGUUUGGAGAGUUCAGCCUGGCUGCUACAGUCACCGUGUUCUUCAUCUACACUGCCGAGCUCCUCCCCACCGUCCUCAGGGCCACAGGUCUGGGGUUGGUGUCUCUGGCCAUGGCAGCUGGAGCCCUCUCCUCCCUGACAAUCACCAGCCAGACGCGCUCCCUCCUGCCCGUCUUCCUCUGCUGCAUCUCGGUGGUCCUAGCCUUGUUCUUCUCUUCCCUGUUGCCGGAAACGCACGGUCAGCCCCUCUGCGACAGCCUGGAGCGCUACUCCAGACAGAUCAGCUUCCAGAGAGACAUAUUCUCGGACUUCAGCUCCAGCAACCCCCUCAAGAGGAUUACGGACGUUACGUCUGAGAAUUCACAUUCUGACGGUAUGUCAGAGGAAGCAGUGAAGAAUACCAUUCUCAACUCCCAGGUGGUGAAUUCGAGCCUCUCCUCCAACGCUCAGACUAAGGAAUCCACACACACGAAAGCAAGCGGUGAGGCCCUCUGAGGGCCUGGCCCCCAGACGUCUCAGGUUGGAAUUGUGUGACUGGGUAUGGCGACAUGGAUUCUAGGUCACGAAUCCCAGGCCCAGUCCUCCUUGGGAGCCAGGGUCAGUCGUGCUUCAAGGCCAGCCCUCGAGGUCCAGAAA